AUUUUGAUGGGACCUUAUGUUGAAGGUACGUGAAUGCUUCCAGAAAAAAUGGCUACAACAAUAUUUGUACUGCUUUUAGUUUUUCCUAGUUGUGUUUUCGGAAGUUUUUUCCAAAUUGACUAUCCAAAUGUUAAUAUAUCGGCUGAUCCAGGAGGCGAUUUAACAUUUGAGGCGGGAACUGGAGGUGAUGUAAUAUUAAAACCAGGACAAGGUGGAACAGUGUACAUUUCUGGAACAGAUUUAAGAAAAUUUAUAGAGAAAGUGAAAAGCUUGCCACCAGUUUGGACAAAGCAGUCCGUACAUGGUACUCUUGGAACAUUUCUCUCUGGAUCGGUGGUUUCAGUCUCAGUUCAAGCUGUAGAUCCAGAUGGUGGAAACAUCACGUAUCAAUUAGUAUCUGGUCACUUACCACCAGGAACAAAUCUUAAUGCGAAAACUGGUCGCAUAACUGGUCGGGCACCAGAUGUCGAUGCGACGUACACAUUUACCAUCCGGGCAACUGAUCACCAUGGGAAGUAUGCAGAUGGUAGUUUUUCAAUUGAUAUUCGAGAACGCGACCAAUGCUUAAGUCAUCCCUGUCAACAUGGAGGUUCCUGCAAAGACGGGUUUAAUGGUUUUAACUGCACAUGUGGCCAAGACUAUGGUGGAUCAUUAUGCGAAACAAAUUGUCCGACUAACGACUUCGGUGUCACAAAUAGCAGAAAGAGAAUUCCAGAUGCGCAGAUGUCCGCCCAUUACACGUAUACGACACAAAGUGCAGCUAAUGGAAGAUUGCAGAGCAGUUCCGGGUGGAUAGGGACUGGUGCUGGAUCAUGGCUACAGGUUGAUCUUGGUGAAAUAAAGAAAGUAUACACAGUAGCUACUCAGGGUUUCAGAUCAUCUUCAUACUACACCUUGACUUAUAAUGUUCAGUACAGCGCGGACGGAAACAAUUUCAAGUAUAUCGAAGAUUCGACAGCAGGUCAUAAGACUUUUGCUGGCAGUGCUAACUACGAUACAGUUGUAAAGCAUUAUCUAACACAACCAGUAAGUGCCAGAUUUGUAAGGUUUUUACCAUUAACAUGGCACAGUGGGGGAAAUCCUGGACUCAGAGUGGAGAUUUAUGGAUGCUAA